AUGACUCGUCUACUCAACGCGUUGGUUCUUCUUGGUAUGGCCGGUAGCUUUGUAGCUGGCCAGGCGUACGAUCAAGAGAAGCAAAACAAAGACGCUACCUGUAAUAACAACUGCUUCUUCAAGUAUUUUACCAACAAGUGUAAUGAAGACAACAAGGCUUGCGUUUGCACCUUGAACGACAUGCGAGAGAAGUUCUUUUGCUGUAUCGCCGAGAACUGUGCCGACAAUGUUCUGCCUGAGCAAAUUGAGAGAUCCAGUGAUGGUUGUGUCGCGUGGAAUCUCCCCUUUACAUUUGACGCUGAGGCUGCUUGUGGUAUUAAGCUACCUGCAUCGUCGGAUACAUCGUCCGAGGCUACUUCUACUACCACAGUCGCCCGCGUGAAGACUUCUGAUGCCGUCACUACCACAGCAACUGGCACAGAGGCAGAGACAACCGCCUCUGCUACAGAGACUUCAACGGCUGACCAAACGACUGCUGCAUCUGAGCCUACGACUGUGGAGAACGGCGCAUCGAACCUCAAGGCGAUUGGUGGCGCUAUUGCGCUGCCAGUCUUGCUUGGACUCUUGUGA